AGCUGACAGACGUGGUACCAGAGGCAACGAGAAACAAGACAUUCACCAUCAUCUGGCCAUGCAAAGGCGGCAGAAUCGGCUGCUUCAUUAACAAGCCUGUCCCCGUGGAAACUUGUCGUUUCCCGUGCCAACAGAUCCGGGACUACGAGCAGGCUGACGUGGCUGUCUUUAAUGUAUUUAGGUUUCGACAGAAUGAGGCGGUGCCACGUUUUAACAGACCCCGCACACAGAGGUGGGUCAUGAUGACCGGAGAAUCCCCUGUACGGUGGUCACAGUUCGACAAUCUGGACUAUCCCGCCUUUAAAGGUCAGUUUAACUGGACAAUGACCUAUCGCCUAGACUCGGACAUCCCCUUCAUAUACGGGAAACUGCAGAGGCAGGCGAGUCCAGUCAAAGACUACGAUCGGAUUUACCGCGGCAAGACAGUCACAGCCGCUUGGUUUGUCAGUCACUGUUUUACUCAAAGCAGGAGAGACCUUUUUGUCCGACGCAUGCAGAGGAUCGUUGACGUCCACGUCUUUGGGAGCUGUGGGAACUACACUUGUGGGGAUCCGGCUGGAAGUAAACGAGAUCUUGAUAAAUCUCAGUGCUUUCCUUUGUUGUCUAAGACGUAUUUCUUUUACCUGGCGCUUGAGAACUCGUUUUGCAAAGAUUAUGUCACUGAGAAAUUUUUCAAACUGUUUGGAGACGUUGAUGUCGUCCCAGUUGUUCGGGGAGGUGCUGAUUACAAGAAAAACUUUCCAGGAAACACAUUUAUCGACGCUUCUGAUUUCAAGUCCCCUGAGAAGCUCGGGGCUUUUCUUCUGGAGAUGGCUAAAGAUAAGAAACGUUAUAUAUCCAUGCUGAAGGACAAGAACAGGUACGGGGUGCUGCCGGAGCAGAAGUGGUUCUGUGAUUUGUGUGAAAAGAUGCACAAAGAUGAUCGCCAGAAAUACUAUCCCGAUCUGCGGCAGUGGUUUCUUCGAGAUCAAUGUUAUGCACCUAAAGAUGUAUAA